AUCAUUUCUAGCUCUGGACUUAAAGUGAGAGACGUGCAAGUCUUCCUUUCAUUUGAGUUCUUUGAAGCCACUGUGGUUACUAAUUAGCACCGCCGGUGGGUGUCACCCUCCUCCCUCCUCUAUCGAGUUCACCCACACCGGGGCGUGGGGAACCGCGCUUCCCGCACCCCACAUGUCCUGUGCGCCUGGGGCUCUCCCACAGGGGGCUUUCGUGAGCCAGGCAGCAAGGGCCAUCCCGCUGCUCCAACCCAGCCAGGCUGCGCAGGCAGAAGGACUCUCCCAACCAGCCCGGGCAUGCGGGGCUUUGUGUUCGCUGCCCUGGCUCCUCCGGAACUGGGGCUCUCCCAUCCUCAGACUCCCUGGUAGUCUCCGCACCCCAACAAAUCACAGGAAGACCAGAACCCGCAGCGCGACGUCCUUCUGGGCGCGUGCUCAGUGGGACAGCUUGGGCCCCCUCAAGCUGAGUCACAGGGGCAAGGUGUGCUUGCGCCACCCACGUCCCACCGGAGUCCGUGGUGGGGCUGGAGCCCCAGGUCGCCAGGGCGGCGUGGGAACCCGAAGACGGGACACCUCCACCUCCGGAGCUCGCGACCCUGGAGGCCUCCGCAUCAAGCACAGAUCCGGCGCCACUGGGGGAGCUGAAGGACGUGGAAGAGCACGCUUUGCUGGAACCACUCUUCAGCCAGGAAGAACACUGGGCUCUUCUGGAGGAGCAGGUUGGAGCGGGGUUGGGGAGGGGUGGGGGCAGGGCGGCGGCCUCUCUUUUGCGGUGAACCUCAGGCUUGGUAUGGAGAGGCGUGUCUUCCCUUCCAGCUGACCUGCCUAGGAUCCCUGAGUUCCAGGUCCAGCGAGAGACUCCACACAGAGGAGGGCUGUCAAGAAUGACAAGAAAGAAUUCCUGAGCAUCCCGGGGAUCCCAGGGCCGGUCCAGGUACCUGGAGAUGACAUAUCCCCACGUUGAGCCCUGCAACAGAGCUCGAGGCGGAUAGUCCCAACUACACGGGAGUCACACUGUGGCCAACUGAAGCGUGAUUCUGGAUUCCACGUUCUUUGCCCUCUGCAAAGGUGCCUGUUGCUCAAGUUUCUGCCCCCUGAAAGCGUGACCAUGUUGACUGUUUGUUUCUCGAGCUCUGUGGGGCCCCGGAAACUUCCAGGAAUGCGUGGAAGACCACCAUCAUGUCGGUGCUCUCCUUUCCAGUUUUCAAACAGGCUAUAUUGGAGACUCCCCAUUUUGCAGGAAACAAGAAUCCAUCGUCAGGCCGUGAUUUACGGGAUGUUUCUUUUCUGUGUGGUUUCGCUCUCGUUGUCUACGUGAAAAUGAACAAGAUCCACACACCUGCGUGUGUGAGACUAUCACGGCAACUGUGACACCCACGUGCUGGCAAUAGAGUUGACAGCCUGAUCCCGGGACAAAGGUACUGAUGGACAUCCAGACACUGCCCACCACAAUCACUGGCAAACCCACUCCCAAACACACAGACGCACAGGGGCGCACACGCGGGAACACAAGCACCCACACAGACACACAAAGACACAGACAACUUGAAGGAGAGCAAGGGACAGAGGGAUGGAGAGAUAGAAACAGAAGAAGAGAGAGAAACAGCCAUCGAGAGAGAGACAGAGAGGAACUGGGGAGAUUGAGAGAGAGAGAGAGAGAGCAAGGUGGAAAGGGAAGUAGAGAAAGGGAAAGGGUGAGGGAGCUACAGAGGGAGAGCAACAGAGCCUUGGAGAGGGAGGCUGUAUCUGGUAGACAGGGUCCCCUUUGGCCAGGGUAGGGUGGAGGGUGACUGGGCCGGGCUGGAACAGGGGGACAGGGCGGCCCCUGCGGGAAAAUCAAUGGAGCCCUGAGACGUGUUUUUACUUGGAUUGGUUGGUGGCCUUGGGGGUGAGUUUCGUAGGGUCAUUCCUUUGUUGGCUCCUCCCUGUCCUCUUGGUGCUGUGGGCCCUGAAAGUUGUAGAGUGCGCCUGUUCACUGUGGAAGGAGCAGUGGCGCUGAGCGUGCCCACGGGCCGCGGCUUGGGUCUCUCUCGUUUUCCGGGUUGUAUGGCCGUAGACAAUGGCAGUGGCGCCUGGCUGGCCCAAGAGCCCGGUCCAGCUACGCCCGCCUGACUCCAGGCGUCACCACCAACCCGGGGCCGCGAGGCUGGGAUCAGGCACCCCGGAGCCGCUUGCCCGUGGCCGGGCUGCUCUCCCCCUCUACGUCCAAGCACCACCAGUCGCCGCGCUGCGCUGUCUGCCCACCUCCCAGAGCGUCCCGCUGUCGCUGGCGGCCAGACCACGCGUGAGACCGACGCGGCGCCAGAGGCCACCAUCCCCUGCCAGGGCUCUGGACUCUCCAUGCGGCCACCCUCUCGCUGACACUCCAGGCCUUCCCCAGGCUCUUGAGCUCCAGAGCUUCCAACACCUGGGGCCCGCUCAGGACGGGGGUGUGCUCCGAGGCGUCAGGGCCCAGGGCCCAGGGUCCUGGGGUACCCUCCGAUCCUCCGCCUUGCCCCGGAAAAAUUAUUUUGGAUUCCUGGCCACCCCUCCUGCAAGGCCCCCUGUUGCCCUACACACCCAGAGCCGCCAGGGCUGCCCAGGGGCUAACAGCCGGCCCAGCCCCGCGGGCCCUUUUUCUCACAACGCCCACACCAUCGUCGCUUGUUCCGACGAGGACCCGCCGUGGCCAAUGGGGCAGGAAGGCUCUGCUUUGCCCCGUGCUAGCACUAGAGCCCCGGCAGCCUCAUCGCGGGAAAGAGGGGCUGACGGACACCCAGACACACCCCACCACUACUACGAGCAAACCCACCCUGACACACACACGGAUACACACGGGUGCACGCGCGCAGACACACACACACGGACACACACACACCACGUCCGGGCACACACACACGGACACACACACACCACACCCGGGCACACACACAUGGACACACAAAGACACAGACACAGAGAGCUUGAAGGGAGACCACCCCUCAUAUUGUCUUAUGCCCAAUUUCUGCCUCCAAAGAAAGAAGUAAAAUCUAAAAGGCAGAAAUGAAAUCCACAGGCAGACAGCCGUGCGCCACACCCUGGACCUGGUAGUUAAAGAUCGACCCCUGACCUACUCGAUUAUGUUAUCUAUAGAUUACAGACAUUGUAUAGAAAAGCACUGUGAAAAUCCCUGUCCUGUUUUGUUCUGAUCUAAUUACCGGUGCGUGCAGACCCCAGUCACAUACCCUCUGCUUCCUCAAUCCAUCACGACCCCCUCACACGGACCCCUUAGAGUUGCAAGCCCUUAAGAGGGACAGGAAUUGCUUACUCAGAGAGCUAGGUUUUUGGAGACGUGAGUCUGCCGAUGCUCCCAGCUGAAUAAAGCCCUCCCUUCUACAACUCGGUGUCUGAGGGGUUUUGU